GAAAAAUAUUUAUUUAUUAUUUCUUCAACAAAAAUGGAUGAACAAAAUCUUCCAACAACUACAACAAUUGAAAAUAAUUCUUCAGCUUCAAGUUCUACAAAUGAUUCUUCACAAUUACAACAGGAUCCAGUAUUGCCAGUUACUGAUGGAGUUCCAAUUGAUGAACGGUUGGCAAUGCUACAGGAGUUUUAUCAACGUCGACAUGCCGAACUCCUUGCACAAUUCCAGCAUACCCAAACUUUAGCCCAACAGGAUUAUCUGCUCAAUUUACAGUUGUUGCAGUCUGCACUCCCUGCUGCUGCUGCCAUGGUUGUUUUACAGCAACAACAGCAACAACAAACUCCAGCACUCUUUCAACAACAACAACAAUCAAGUACUGAUCUGUCCAACGAUGAAUUGGACGUUAAAACUGAUCGACAAAAAAUUUGUGCGGCCGCAGCUGCUGCUGUUGUCGCAGCAACACAACAACAACAAUCACCAAAAAUUCAUCCUCAACAACAGCCAACUUCCUGUAAUUCUGUCCCGUUGGCAAUAAAUAAAGAACAUGUGAGCACCAACACAGUUGCUGCUACAGCUCGAAAUCGUCGAACGUUCAGUGGGUCUGGCCAAACAAUUUCUCAACAUACAAGAGACCGGUUGAAGUCUAUGAUUGCAAUCAAAAAGCAGAGACAGCGAUUACAUACCUCCAGCUCUACUGGUUCCUCUUCAAAUAUAGCUGCUGCUGCUACCACCUCUUCUUCCUCUUUUAAUGGAGUAGCGCCUAAUUGGACGUCUCGAGCAAUUGGUGCAACUUCAGAAUCAAAUUUGCCUAGCGGAAGUGAUACAACUUCAAUUCCUGUUACACUAGUUAAUACUUCACAUGUCGAUCAAAGAUUUUUGCCAUAUCCACAUCCAACUCAUCCUUCACGUCCUUCAAAUGAUUACGCAUCUGGGGAUUCCUCAGAUGUUCCAAAUUUCUCUUCUCUUUCUGCUGCAGAAUUUCAAUUACGAAAAGUGAACAGCGAGCCUAACCUCAAAAUGCGCAUUAGAGCACGACUUUUGAAUAAAGGUUCAAGUCCACAUCAGCAAACCACUAUUCCUUCUAAUGUUCCACCUCCACAAGCUAUUGUAUUUCCUUCACAUAAUGCACUACAACAAAGGCCAGAUAACGAGUUGAAUGGUGAUUCUUCUGCUGGCGCUUCUGCUUCAACAAAUACCUCUUCUUCAGGUAUAGAUCCAGCAGCUGCUUCUUUACUUUUGCAACAAGCAGCGGCUUUAGCUGCGGCUGGUGGAGGAGGAAAUGUUGCUACGCCAACAACAACCAAUGCUCCUCAUUCCUUCCAUUUAGAUGCUGCUUCAAAUUUAAUGAUGGUUCCUUCACCUUCUUUACCAAAUUUACCAAUUACUGCCUCCUUUGGUGCUGCUGGUCAUGGUAAAGUCGAUGCUAUUCACAAAACUAGCGUUGAAGAAGGAAUGAAUUCUAACGGAACUUCUAAUCAGCAACAACAGGAUAUGCUUAAUGGACUUGUCUCUCUACAAAAUACAUUAAUGCAUCAUUUCCUUUCAAUGCCCUCUCUUCUAAAAAGCGGAGCUGGAGGUUGUGCUGGUGGAAUUACUCCAACAACCAAUUCAAUAUUGAUGGAAAAUAGUGGAGCUGGAGCUUAUGGUUUAGGUGGAGGGGCACAUACUCUCUUAGGCACUGGAGAUUCUAAUGCUUCAUCUUCUAGUUCAGCAUUUAAUUCAACACCAAUUCAACAACAACAACAGCGCCAAGUUCGCUUUGAUAACCGUACUCUAGCUGCGCCUGCACCUCAAAUGCCUUCACUUGGAGGAUAUCCUUCUCUUUUGAAGCAACAAUUACGAGAUCUGGUACUUCGACGCAAGUCACUUGUCCGCGAAGAACCGGAGGAUGAUACUCUUAUGGACUUUACAAGCAGCCUAGGACCAAUAGCGUCACAGAAAGGAGUUAGUGCUGAAACAACUGAUGCUAAUUCUAAUGCUUUGAUGAAUAUAGUUGGCCAAAACCUAAAAACUGGACUUGCUUAUGAUCAAGCAAUGUAUAAGCACCAGUGUCUUUGCGCAGAAAAUGGAAAUCAUGUUGAGCAUGGUGGUCGUGUUCAGUCCAUUUGGUCAAGACUGAUCGAAUCAGGACUUGUAUCUGCCUGUGAGAGAGUUAAUAUUCGAAAAGCACCUCUAGAGGUACUUCGUCUUGUUCAUUCACCUACUUAUGUUACAUUCUUUGCGAUUUCUCCCACUGCUUGUCUUAAAUUGGAUCCUGCAGAGUUGCCACUUAAAAGUUUUGUACAGUUGCCAUGUGGUGGUAUUGGCGUAGAUUCUGAUACUUAUUUUAACGAUGCCAGUACACAGACCGCUGCAAAAAUGGCUGUUGGAGCUCUUAUUGAAUUAUGUUGUCAAGUAAUGGAAGGUAAACUUAAAAAUGGUUUUGCUUGUAUUCGACCUCCUGGUCAUCACGCAGAAAAGGAACAGGCAAUGGGAUUCUGCUUUUUUAAUAAUGUUGCAAUUGCUGCUCGUUACCUCCAACAGCGUUUUAGUAAUGGUCCCUCACUUUCUCCUCCGCGUAUUGCAAUCAUUGAUUGGGACGUUCACCAUGGAAAUGGCACACAACUUUGUUUUGAGUCCGAUCCAAAUUGUUUAUAUCUGAGUUUGCAUCGACAUGACAAUGGAAAUUUCUUUCCUGGUACUGGUGCAGUUACAGAAAUCGGAAUUGGAGCAGGCAAGGGAACUACUGUCAAUAUUCCAUUUAGUGGUGAUAUUAUGGGUGAUGCUGAAUAUCUUGCUGCUUGGCGUGUACUUGUUCUGCCUCUUUUGGAUGCGUUUAAGCCAGAAUUUGUUUUAGUAUCUGCCGGUUUUGAUGCUACAAAAGGUCAUGCAGCUGCUCUUGGAGGAUACAAUUUAACACCAAAAUUGUUUGGCUAUUUAACUCGUACUUUACGCCAAUUUGCCAAUGGACGUGUAGUUUUAGCAUUAGAGGGUGGUUAUGAUCUUUCUUCAAUCUGUGAUGCAGCGGAGGAAUGUGUUAAAGCUCUUUGCUCAACUGAAAGUGCUGCUGCUGAUUUUGUAGGCCAAUUAAGUAGUGAAACGUUUGAACAAAUUCCAAAUCAAUCAGCACAGGAAACCAUUCAAAAAGUAAUUGCUGUUCAUAAAAAGCAUUGGCCUUGCCUAACGGGUAUUCAAGGCAUAAAUACAUCAGAAUUGAGUUGGCAAACAAUUAGCCAUAGAUUUAGUUCUUUAACUAUGCACUCCUGAUUCACAAUUUGAUUUAAGUAGGUUGGUAACUUUGUAACUUGAAAUUUUUUGUCAUUUCGAAGCGGUCACUUGGAUUUUAUUAAAGCUCUUAAAUUACCUUCCAUUUUUUAAUAAUUGUAAUUGUCUUUCCACCAACAUACCACACUUGUUCUCGAUGUGGGAAUAUUCUUUUAAUUUUGUAAGGAACUAUGGGUAUAAAUUUAUUUAUAUUAUCUUUUUUAGUAUAAAUUUAUGAUCUGACGUUAGGUGUUGUAUGUUGGCCUUCCCCACUCAGCCCCCCUUAUCUUACUUAUACAUAUUUUUAUCUACUAAAUAUUUUUUAAUAUAUUUUUUAAAACAAUUUUUAUUAUUUUUUAAAUCUUUAAUUCUUCCUCCCCCUUCACAUUCCUUUCUUGUUUUGUUUGUAUAUUUAGAA